AUGGAGAAGUCGUGCACGCUCUUGGUGCAUUUUGACAAAGCAAGCCCGUCCUUGGCAAAUGAAAUCAAAGAGGCAUUGGAGGGUCAAGACACGGAGAGGAAGCAGGAUGCGAUGAAGAAGGCCAUCAUGCUGCUGCUCAACAACGAACAGAUCCCUCAACUCUUCAUCACCAUCGUCCGAUACGUUCUGCCGUCCGAGGACCACACGAUCCAGAAGCUCCUACUACUGUACCUCGAGAUUAUCGACAAGACAGAUUCCGCCGGGAAGAUUCUGCCUGAAAUGAUUCUCAUCUGCCAAAACCUGCGCAACAAUCUGCAGCAUCCGAACGAGUACAUCCGCGGUGUGACGCUGCGAUUCCUCUGCCGGCUCCAGGAGACGGAGCUCAUCGAGCCUCUCAUUCCGUCCAUUCUGCUGAAUCUGGAGCACCGGCAUCCGUUCGUCCGUCGCAACGCCAUCCUAGCGGUGAUGAGCAUCUUCAAGCUGCCCAACGGCGACCACCUGCUGCAGGACUCGGGCGAGAUGAUCGAGAAGCUCAUCACCAAUGAGCAGGACCUGUCGGCCAAGCGCAACGCAUUUCUUAUGCUCGAGAACUGCGCCCAGGAUCGCGCGGUGCACUACCUGCUGAGCAACCUGGACAACGUGCCGCUGUGGGGCGACAUCCUGCAGAUGGUGGUGCUGGAGCUCAUCCGCAAGGUGUGCCGCACCAACCCGGCGGAGAAGGCCAAGUACAUCAAGAUCAUCCUCUCCCUCAUGUCCUCGCCCUCCUCCGCCGUCGUCUACGAGUGCGCCGGCACGCUCAUCGCGCUCUCGUCCGCGCCCACCGCCAUCCGCGCGGCCGCGAACUGCUACUGCCAGCUGCUGCUGUCGCAGUCGGACAACAACGUGAAGCUGAUUGUGCUGGACCGGCUGCAGGAGCUGAAGAGCAAGCACCGCGAGGUGAUGGUGGACAUGGUCAUGGACGUGCUGCGCGCGCUCACCAGCCCCAACCUCGACAUCCGCCGCAAGACGCUCGACAUCGCGCUGGACCUCAUCACGCCGCGCAACAUCGACGAGGUGGUGAUGACGCUCAAGAAGGAGGUGGUGAAGACGCAGGGCACGGACGUGGAGAAGGGCGGCGAGUACCGCCAGAUGCUCGUGCAGGCCAUCCACACGUGCGCCGUCAAGUUCCCCGACGUCGCGUCCUCCGUCGUGCACCUGCUCAUGGACUUCCUCGGCGAUCAGAACGUGGCGUCGGCGCUGGACGUGGCGUUCUUCGUGCGCGAGAUCAUCGAGACCAACCCGCGCCUGCGCGAGUCCAUCAUCUCGCGCCUGCUCGACACCUUCUACCAGAUCCGCUCCUCCCGCGUCGCCUCCUGCGCGCUCUGGAUCGUCGGCGAGUUCGCGCAGACGCUACCCGAGGCGCAGCACGCCAUGGCGACGAUCAAGCAGUCGCUGGGCGACCUGCCCUUCUACACCACCGCCUCCGCUGACGCCGACGCCGACGCUGACGCCGCCAAGCCUGUCGCCCCAGGCGUCACCGCGGUUCCCCCCCCGCCGCCUGUCAUCGCCACGUCCAAGCGCCCCGCUGUGCUGGCGGACGGCACGUACGCCACGCAGAGCGCGGCGUCGGAAGUGAGUGCGGUGCCCACGGCCGUGGUGGCGGCGGCAGGAAACGCGGCAGCGAACCUGCGGUCGCUGCUGCUGGCAGGGGACUUUUUCCUGGGGAGCGUGGUGGGCACGGCGCUGACGAAGCUGGUGCUGCGGCUGGAGCAGCUGAUGUCGGACAAGGCGGAGGUGAACGCUGUGACGGUGGACGCCAUGCUGUACCUCGUGGGCAUCCUGCGCCUGGGCCAGUCAUCCGCGCUGCCUCAGCCCAUCGACGAUGAUUCGUACGACCGCAUUGCACUCUGCCUGCGCAUCCUGGCGCGCCCCUCGGACGUGAUGCGGCGCGUGUGGCUGGCGUACUGCCGGCAGUCGUUUGGCAAGAUGAUCAGCGAGAAGGUGACGCGCGAGAGCGAGGAGAGCAAGGCCAAUGCGGCGCUCGCCGUGGCACAACCCGACGACCUCAUUGACUUCUACCACCUCAAGAGCCGCAAGGGCAUGUCGCAGCUGGAGCUGGAGGACGCCGUGGCCAACGACCUGAAGCGCGCCACCGGCGAGUACGGCCGCGACGAGGCCGCAGGCGGUGGGCGCAAGCUGAACCGCGUGCUGCAGCUGACGGGGUUCAGCGACCCUGUGUACGCGGAGGCGUACGUGACCGUGCACCAGUACGACAUCGUGCUGGACGUCACCGUGGUCAACCGCACGCGCGAGACGCUGCAGAACCUGUGCCUGGAGCUCGCCACCAUGGGCGACCUCAAGCUCGUGGAGCGGCCUCAGAACUACACGCUGGCGCCCGACAGCAGCAAGCUCAUCCGCGCCAACAUCAAGGUGUCGUCGACGGAGACGGGGGUGAUCUUUGGCAACAUAGUGUACGAGAGCACGAGUGUGCUGGACCGCAACGUGGUGGUGCUGUCCGACAUCCACAUCGACAUCAUGGACUACAUCUCCCCCGCCUCCUGCGCUGACGUCGCCUUCCGCAACAUGUGGGCGGAGUUCGAGUGGGAAAACAAGGUGGCGGUGAACACGAGCAUUGGGGACACCAAUGAGUUCCUUCAGCACAUUGUUGCAUCUACCAACAUGAAGUGCCUCACCCCGCCGUCCCAGCUGGCCGGUGACUGUGGGUUCCUGGCAGCCAACCUAUACGCCAAGAGCGUGUUUGGGGAGGAUGCGCUGGUGAAUGUGAGCGUGGAGAAGCAGAGCGAUGGUAAACUGGCAGGCUACAUCCGCAUUCGGAGCAAGACGCAGGGGAUUGCGCUCAGCCUCGGAGACAAGAUCACACUCAAACAAAAAGGCACCUCUUGA